CAGUCUCAGGUCGCUAACACCCAACCAGAGCGUCAAAAUGGCGGAUUCCCUGAGGAGACUUGUAAAUAUUGGUACAUUUUCAGUAUUGCAAGAGAAAUUGGAGAAAUGGUUAAGUGACUACUAUAUCAACACAUGUGACCAAAACACUGCCCGUUGCUGUGAGAUUAUAGAGCUCAAUGCCAAGGUUCAAGGACAGCUGUUCAAACUCCUCAGCCUUUGCGCCCAAGAAGGAGGUUUGUAUGGUGGUGCUAACAUUAUCAAGUCUAGGCUACUGCCAUGGCUCGGCCAGAAUUUCUUCACGUCUGGUGGAGCAGUCACAGCAGACACCAGUCUGAGUGUCCUGGCUGAGGCUGCUGCCAAAGAUAGAGAGUUGUCUGAACUGCAGGAGAUGUACGAGAAGUCCCUGGAUGAGCUGGAUGUAGAGUUGCAGAAAGCUAGAACUGAGAACCAGGAUCUAAAGGAUGAACUGCAAGAAGCUAAACUAGAACUAAACAGAAGUUUGAGAGAAUCAACCAGUGACAAAAUGUUUACAGAACUGGAAGUCAAUGAUCUAAAACGCAAACUUGCCGCAGCUGAAGAAGAGAACAGACUGUUGAGAUCAAAGUCGGGGCUGCUGGCAGAGUAUCAGACUGAAAUUCGACGUCUGCGAGAUGACAUUGCCUUACUUACUGCUCGCAGGGAUGUGCUGAUUAAGUCUCCCCCCGACAUUUCAACUUACGAGAGACUAGAACGAUCAUCAAAACUAGAUGAUAAAUUGAGUGACCUUAACCUUUACUAUCGGUAUGUGCCUGGACCCACUUCUCCACUAUCUAUUGAUGAUACCAUCCAGCGUAUCCGGCAGCAAAACCUGGUAGCCAGAUUCAAUGACAUGUUUGCUCAGGACAGACUGACCACCAUGGACACACUCAGACGCUACUCAGAUGAUCUUGAAAAUAACCAAAGAAUUGUUUUCUCAAUUAUGCAGGAAGCAUUCAAUGUUGCCAAAUUAGAAUUUAGACAGUUCAAGAUGAAAACUCGUGCCAACCUGGCCAAGACUCACUUUGGGCCAGAUACAUUGGAAGAAGCUGUGCAAGAUUACAUCAACAGAAACACAGACCUAUAUGACCUUCCAUCUAUGGUUUCAGAUGUGAUCAGAGCACUGAAUAGAAACCCCAAGAUCUUCCUGCCCCCAGAUGUUUCUUUUGCCAUCUGCCAGCCAUUAAUCCGUGAAGCAGUCAAGCUGGCAUGGCAGAUGAGUGCCCUGGCCCAUCCACUGGACAUUGCAGUGGCCACUGAUGCAGAACUGUUUGACGAUACAAAAUAUAGACGCAGCUAUGAUUCAGAGUACACUGCUCCAUUAGUCAACCAUCACAUUUGGCCUGCUCUGAUUCAGGGAGUUAGAACUUUAGUGAAGGGAGAAGCUGUAACUCGACGUGGAGCCUCUUUGGGUACACCUCGUCGUUCUAGAAGUCCAGCUCGUGCCACCAGCCCAUUCCGCUCUGUGUCUCCUAGGAGCCGCUCAGUUAGUCCCAGCAGAUUUAGAAGCCGUUCACCCAGUCCACUUAGACGAGGCUUAUCUCCGACCAGAAGAAGUAGAUUAGUCUAACGAAAGCCUGCUGUGCCUGCAUCCUGUUUGCAUCAUUUUACAGAAUUGUCUCACUUUAUAACUAAUUAUAUUAUAUAUUUUAUAAUACCUUUACUAUGUAAUAAUGUUCUUGGAAUGCACUAUUACUGUUUCAAAUUUUUAUUUUUGCAAGUAAGAAUUUAAUUCUAAAACCAUGAUAAAAAAAUAAUCAUGUGAAUUGUAAUCAAUUAGUUCACUAGUUCAACUGCAAUUUUUAGUUUGCUAGAAGUACUGAUCAUUUUACCUAUUAAAAGAUGUAGACAGUUAACUGCCAAUAACAUCUCAUUCAACUUAUAUUUAGGUCAUCUAAAUAAUGAUAUUUGUGUAACAGUAGCAUGCACUAUCAUUUGUAAUUUUUUUUUUUAAAUGUAUAUAUUUUUUUUCUUGACAUACAUACAAAUAUAUUCUAAUUACAUAUUUUUUUUGUAUGUAAGUGAUCGUAUAGAGCCCAAUUAUGACCUGCUAAUGCAACUUGCUGGUUUUUUUUUUUUUCAACUCACUCAACUGUUAUAGAAUUAUCAUCAGGACAUAUCAGCAGAUGAUUUUUUUAGGAUGUCUAGAUACCAUUUUUAUUCCUGUGGUUAUCAAACUGUAAUCAUAUCAUUCUAGUAAAUUGUUGUGUAAUAUCACCUUUAUAUAUUUAAAAGAAAAAUAUUAUUUACAGGUGUAAUGUUUUUGAUGUAAAAAAAAAAUGACAUAACAAGUGAAAAUAACAGAUUAGCAAUUUUUUUGUUGCAUAUGUCUUUUUAGUAGUGCAUACAAAUUCCUAUAUUCCUUUCUUUUAAAACUGGCCCUUCAAUUGAAUUUUAAAAAUAGAUAUUCCUAUAUUCCUUUCUUUUAAAACUGACCCUUCAAUUGAAUUUUGAAAAUAGAUAUUCCUAUAUUCCUUUCUUUUAAAACUGACCCUUCAAUUGAAUUCUAAAAAUAGAUAUUCCUAUAUUCCUUUCUUUUAAAAACUGACCCUACAAUUGAAUACUAAAAAUAGAUAUUCCUAUAUUCCUUUCUUUUAAAACUGACCCUACAAUUGAAUUCUAAAAAUAGGUAUUUGAACAAUUAUUUUCCAGAAUGUGUCUUUUGAUACAAAGACAUUUUUUUUUUUAAGAAUUUAUUUAUUUAUGCAUUAUGUAACAGUCUGUUAGGAAAGGUUUAACCAUUUAUUGUAAGUCCAUUUUAAACUUGUUAAACUCCUUCUAUUAGCUUGCAAACGCUUCAUGGGUUCAAGGUGGGUGGACACUCAAAUUCUGUGAAUCUCUCCAAAUGUUGAAAAUCCCUGAAAAUUAGUAAAACCUCCUUGGAUUUAUUUUUUUUUCUCAUUAUAAAAUCAAACAUUCAAUUGAUGUUUCACUUGUAUUUCAUUUUUUUUUUAAAUGUGUUUAUGCUCCAUUGCAACACUCUAUUUAAUUUACAUAUACCAAAUUAUUUUUUUUUCCAUACAGAGCAACACAAGGGUCUACUUACGUUGAGAUAUAAGUAUGGAUCAGACAGUAUUAAACAUAGUAACUGUUAAUUUUCCUAUUUUUAUUAGAAAUUGAAUCGAAAAUGUAACGGUAUGUGCUGAAAGCAAAGUGUCUUACUUAGAAAAGAAAUGGCACUACAGUAUUUAAAAUUGUUUUGUAAUUUAUACAUUUAAUGUACCUGUGAUUUUUGAGUCUUGGUUUUUUAAAUAUAUUUAUAUUUUACUCUUGCACCCAACUGUGAUACAUAGUCUAGAUAUCAAAAUUUGACAUCAACAAAUUUUUAUCAUUUGUACUCAGGGUAAAAAUGAAUACCAUAAAUACAUUAUUUUUUUUUUUAUGUUUUUUAUUUUUAUCCCAUGAGAUGGAAGUUCUCCUAAAGCUGUUUUACUUUGUAUGUAACUUGUCAGUAGAUUGAAAAUCUGAUCUUGUUUUUAGCUGUACAAUUAUUAAUACUGUCAAACAUUUAUUUCUAGCAUCUCCUAAUUCUGUUUUUUUUAUGUAACUUUUACUUUUUGACUCCCUGUCCUUGUUUCUACAACUCCUAUCAGUACAUAGCAGAUAGAGAAAGUCUCCUGAUAGAGAUCUAAAUUUUGUGUUUCAAUAAUGUUCUUUGACUUUCCGCAUGUAAUGGAUUCUCUAUUUCUUUGUUGUUUUUUUUUUGUUUUUUUUUUUUCAUUUUUCUCUCUAGUUCUUGUAAAAUGUAAAACUUUUGUAUCUUUGCAUAUUUCUUCUGUAAACUAUUUUUAUAUCAAUAAAUAGAAGUAGAAAAUAAA